CAUUAUCACUGUCAUAUCCCUACCCAUCCGGGGAUGAAAUCAUUUUACCGAAAAAUGUUAUUUAUACAAUAAAUUAUAAAAACUAAAAUAAAAAAUAACAUGUAAAUAUGGCAGACAAACUCAGGCAGAUGGCGCAAAGGCUGAAAGACAAAGUGCAUUUACCUCAUUUAGCGAACGGUCGUGAUACUAUUUUUACUAAAUAUACCCCAGCAACCAAAGUUUCGGAUAUAGCGGAUAAGUUUAAAUACGACACAGUAUCGAAGAAUUUGCGCGACAUAGUAUCCAGAUAUGAAAAAUUCACGGGAGUCGACGAAAUUAUGGCUCUGCAGAAAACCGUGGUGGAUGCACAGGAAAAGUUUAUGGCUGCUCAGGAUAGGCGACGGGAUCUCGGUCGGCAGGUGACCAACGUGGAAAUGAGGCUGAAGGAACUGCAUUCUGAGAUGCAGAACACUAUGAAAGGGGAUGACAAGUACUUACACCUUUGUACUGAAGAGCAUAAGCUUAUAGUACAAGAGCGAGCCCUCCGCGCGUUGUUCGGUGAUGCUGAACGGGAGGAGAGAGAACUCUUUGCUACCAUGUCAGCCGCCGUCAAACUGGGCCACGAGCGAGAGAGGGCACACGCUGAGCGGAACAAAUAUUGGUAUAUCGUCGCUUCUAUAUUGGGCACAGUGUUGGGAAUAGCGGGUUCCUCAAUAAACAAUCACCUGAAGAUGUCAGAAUUCCGUCAGAUGAUGGAGCAGCAAAUGGCCAGGUCUGCGAGCGUGUUAUACACCAUCGCUGGAGGAGGAACUACCGCCAGGGCAGAUAUUACUGAAGCCAUGAAGGCUGAGUUUGCUUACCAGGACAAUCUCGCGAACAACUUAAAAGCAAUGCAGGAUAAUAUAAACAGUCUAGUCGCUACACAGGAAUCUUUAAUACAACACCUUCAUAACAGGGAGAAAACAGUAGAUACACAACUUCGCGACCUUACACGCGCUAUCGUGUCCGCGUCACAAUCCAGCCAAAAAUCUGAUGCAGAAAUCACCAAAGCCCUAUCAGCUGUACACCACGACUUGGAAGAUGCAGACCAGAUUAAGGAAAUGGACAAAAAUAAAGUCCUUCUUGAACCGAAUCAGAUAAUAACAGGAGUUGGCAUUGUUAUGGCAGUCGCCAUUAUUUUAGGAAACUUCAUUGAUUUAGAAGUCACUGGCAUAUCUCGAAGCGGACGUGUAAGGAAGAAGAGUUCUAAAUUAAUGGACUUUGAGUCUCCUGACGACAUUGAAACGAGAUUUAGGCGGCAAACGCCCGUCAAACCGUAUGUUGGUUUCCGUCAGGAAGAAACCCAAGAAUAUCAGCAACAGGAAAGUGCUACGGCCAGGCAGGAUGACGCCGGCACUGCUUCUGGCAGCGAAUCUGACUAUUAUGAUAAUCCUGGGGAAAAUGCUGAUAGCAUGGAGUCUGAUAGCUCGGCGUCAGACGAGGGCUCCACCAGGACGCCAGCUAACUCUUUGUACAUGAUGGAGAAGUCCAGCAAGAAGAAGCUGAUUGUCAAGGAUGGAAGGGUUGUUGGGCGAGCUAAAGCUCAGAGGAAGGAUAAAGGAAAGACCCGAAUCACAGCGUACAUGAUGUGGGCGAAGGAAGCUCGCAAUGAGCUGCUCCGCAAGCACCCCGACAUGGACUUCUCGGCUAUUUCCAAGAGACUCGGAGAGAUGUGGUCUAAUGUUAAUUACAACGAGCGGUAUCUAUGGAAGCGCAAAGCCAAACGCUUCGCUAUGCAGAAGGAACAAAGCAAUCAGUCGGCUAAUAAGAUUAUUGUGUCUAAUCCAAGUCGACCUCUAUCCUCAGCCGGUCCAGGUCGUCCUCCGAGGGCUCAGCCCCGGCCACAGCCCGCGCCAACGACACCGCCCUCUCAAGCGCUCGUGCCGGCUUCAAGCACAUCGGCUCCUAACUCCGGCAUGUACCGCGUGACUGGUUGCGGAGCUGUGGAAGUGGCCGCCCAUCUUCGGCUACUGGGGGAGAGCCUCGCCAUUAUUGGGGAACGCCUGAAGGAACAUGAGGGUCAAAUAGCAGUAUCAGGAUCAGUAUCGGUCCUUCUAGACACGCUCCUGUGUUCGCUCGCGCCGCUACUCAGCGUCUGCCGAGCGCUGCCAGCCAUCGCCCCGCCCGCCAGCCUUCUACAAGACACGCUACACAACAUCGCAUACAUUAUGCCUGGACUUUAAACUAUCAAGGAAUAAGAAUAAAUAGGUUCCUUACGGGUAGGCGUGCUCCAUCGUAGGUCGCUCUCGUGAUGGCGGCCAAAUGCCGAACCAUUUUAAAGAAGCUAUGACUAUG